GAAUCAAUAUUGUUCGUUCAUAAUCUCGAUCGAUCAGAGGCACAAAGCAAAAUUCAGGAUAAUAAUAAUAAUAAUCAUGAUCAAGGCGGUUAUGGUGAUGAAUAGCAUUGGAAAGCCUCGUCUUACCAAAUUUUACGCUUAUCAGCCUGCGGAGAGGCAGCAGGAAUUUGUAAGAUGCGUCUAUUCAGUCUUAUGCAAUAGAUCUGAUAAUACAAGCAACUUUGUUGGAGGAAUGGAAUCACUCUUUGGGCCAGACAACCGCCUAGUGUACAAACAUUUUGCAACUUUGUACAUUGCUAUUGUUUUUGAUGGCUCAGAAAAUGAGUUGGCAAUGCUCGAUCUAAUACAAGUUUUUGUAGAAACUCUGGAUAAAUGCUUCAAGAAUGUAUGUGAACUUGAUAUAGUUGUCAACUAUACUAAGGUGCAGAGUAUACUAGAUGAAAUAAUAUAUGGAGGGCAAGUAAUUGAUACCAAUUGUAUGGAAGUGUUGAGGGCUGUAGAAGAGAUUUCAAGGUUGGAGAGUGAGUCUACAACUUCCAAGCUAGUCCCUAGAUGGGUUAGGUAAGUUUUGCAACAAGAUUGGCAUUUCUGGGCAAAAUAUAACUGUUCAUCAUUUGUUAUUCAACUUGUUUUAUAUAUUUUGACAUUGAAGACAUCUUCUUUCAUUCUUCUUCUUUGAAAGCUAUGACAUGUUUGUGUGAAGACAGAUUAUUUUUUUAUUAAAGGUUUCUGGUAUUGAAAUAUUUAUGGUU